AUGCAACCGGGUCCUCCCAGAUAUUCUAGUCAGGGACAGCCUAUGCGCCCUUCUUAUCCCCAAGGAGGUUAUGCUUCUAGCCCAAGACCGGGAUUUCCUCAUUCUGGCCCUCCCAUGGCCGGUGGAAGGAUGGGAAUGUCUACUCCUGGAAUGUCUCCUCAUCCACCCUUUACAGGCACUCAAGUGAAAACUAAAGAUGCCAGUUGCAUGCCUAGGGCAGGGAUGCCUCCUCCUCUGCCUGGUGCUGGGAUGGACAGAAAGAGACCUUCUUCACAGGACAUACGCACACAACAUCAGAUCAAAACGAAGAGAAAGAAGAAGAUUGCUGACAAAAUCUUGCCACAGAGGGUCAGAGACUUGGUUCCUGAGUCUCAGGCUUACAUGGAUCUGCUGGCCUUCGAGAGAAAGCUGGAUGCCACCAUCAUGCGCAAGAGACUGGACAUCCAGGAAGUUCUUAAGAGACCAAUGAAGCAAAAACGCAAACUGAGGAUAUUCAUCUCGAAUACUUUUUUCCCUCCAAAGGAAGCAGAGGAUGGAGAUGAGUCUGUACCAUCUUGGGAACUUCGUGUUGAAGGACGUCUGCUAGAAGACGCUGCUUCUGCCAAACUGAGUGACAGCAACAAGAUAAAACGCAAGUUUUCCUCCUUCUUUAAAUCACUGGUUAUUGAAUUGGAUAAAGAGCUGUAUGGGCUGGAUAACCACUUAGUUGAGUGGCACCGAACGCCAAGUACUCAAGAGACAGAUGGGUUCCAGGUGAAACGACCGGGAGACCAGAAUGUCAAGUGCAAAGUCUUGCUGAUGCUGGACUACCAGCCCAUGCAAUUUAAGCUUGACCACCGACUUGCCAGGCUGUUGGGCAUCCACACCCAGACUCGGCCAUUUAUUGUGAAUGCUCUGUGGCAGUACAUCAAAACACACAAACUCCAAGACUCUAGUGAAAGGGAGUACAUCAACUGUGACAAAUAUUUUGAGCAGAUAUUUGAGUGCAAGCGUAUGAAAUUCUCAGAGAUCCCAUCUAAACUCCAGCCAUUACUGAUGCCUCCAGACCCCAUUAUUAUUCACCAUGUGGUGACUGUUGAAGGUCCAGACGCCAAGAAGACAGCCUGCUAUGACAUUGAUGUUGAGAUUGACGACACACUAAAACAGCAGAUGAAUGCAUUUGUGAUGUCGACACAGAACCAGACAGAGAUUGCUAACUUGGAUGCUAAG